AUAUUAUUUGCUACCGAGCAUCUCAAGUCCUUUUGGGACCCUGCUGGAUCGGGAAUAGCGUGUCCCGUGACGCUGUCAUGCCCUGCCAAGACUGAAUAUAGGUGUCUGAAUAUGGCUUCAUGAUACUCGAUGGACGUUCAUGAUGUCGUUUCGCACACCAGGGAGAGUGAAAAAUCGCUUUCGGUGCGAUCGCAGCUUGCAAAAAGAUGGCCUCUGGUCCAGAACAGGCAUCUCCACGCGGUCCUUCUGUCUCUUUCGUAAUGUGCCUCUCAAGGCCGGAAUUGAUACCGGCCUCAGGAUAUUAUAAGAAGGGCCUCCUUUCCCACCCAAAUCUCCAUCUCUGCGCUGAUUCCCAGGCCUUCGAACCACAAACCAGUCUCCCUGGAAAUUUUUCUUCUUUUUUCUCGCACUUUUCCGAGUCUUCGUUCUCGUGUUAUUCUUCACAUUUCUAUCUACCAUCUCUUCUUUUCUUCCAUCAUGACGGUGCCUAAGGUGACCUCAGCGUCUACUACCUUGAAGCGCUUCCCUCACAUCCAUGAUGACCCUUCUACCAUCCCCCAUUCCCUGGACCCCUUCACCAUCACCACCUCUACUGGUUUCCUGCCCUACCAGACCUCACCUACCACUCUACCUGAGGUCUUCCAACCUCUGAUGUCCAUCCUGGACCGUAUGUCUGUCGUCAAGCAAGACGGUGCUCCGGGUCUGCUGGCCACGUAUGAACUAGGCCCAGUGGUCGAGUCCGAGUUGCCUGACCUGACCGAUGAGGUGGAUAAGUUGGUCACUGCUGAUGGUCUCCCGGACUUGUAUACCAUCACGGCUCUGUUCAGGGAUUACUCCUUCCUGGCGUCGUCUUACUUGCUUGAGCCUUGCUGGGAGAACUGGCGCAAGAACCCGGAUGGUGGUUAUGGACUGGGGAGGGACUUGUUGCCUAAGGCUGUGGCCCGUCCUAUGUAUCGUUGUGCUCAGCUACUGGACAUCCCACCCUUCAUGUCCUAUGCUGCCGCCUACUCCCUCUUCAACUACCACCUUGCCGAACCGUCCAAGGGACUGACGUACCCUAACCUCCGUCUAGUCCGGGCCUUCGAAGGUGGUCUUGACCCUAAGAGCUCCGAGGCAGGCUUUAUCCUGACUCACGUCGACAUGGUCAAGUGGUCUGGUAGCUUGAUCAGCGGUGCUGUUCGGGUUGUCGACACGUUGGAGAAAGCCGGUCCUCGCUCGGAGAUUAAUGAUGGAUUUAGGGAGAUUCUCACAGCGAUGGAGAAGAUUGAAGCGUCUAUGGAGGAUAUGUGGGGUAAUUCCAAGCCUCAUGAAUACCUCUCUUUCCGUGUCUUCAUCUUCGGCAUCACAAAUCAAUCCAUGUUCCCGAAUGGUGUCAUCUACGACGGCGUCCUAGACAACAAACCCCUCUACUUCCGCGGUGAAAGCGGUGCCAACGACAGCAUGAUCCCCCUCCUAGACCACCUUUGCCAAAUCCCUAUGCCCUCAACCCCCCUCACCAAAAUCCUCCACGAAUUCCGCUCCUACCGUCCCCACCCCCACCGCGACUUCCUCGCGCACAUCAACGCCAAAGCAGCGGAAGUGGGUGUGCGCGAGUAUGCUGUCAAAGACGUCGAGACUGCGAUUCUCCUCCUGAAGACGCUCGACCAUGUGAGGAGCUUCCGCUGGCGUCAUUGGUUGUUUGCGCGCGAGUAUAUUAUUCGUAGGACGCCGCAUCCUACUGCUACUGGUGGGAGUCCGAUUGUUACGUGGCUUCCGAAUCAACUGUCCGCGGUUAUGGAUCUGAUGAUCUCUAUCUACGACGAGUAUCUCGCCCCAGAUCUCAAGUCCAAUGGGGAAGAAAACGGACAUGCGCAGAACGGAUCGCACGAGUCUUACAACAAGCAGGUUGAGCCGAUGAUGGAACAAGUGCGCGACCAGAGAGAGAAGUUGGCUAAGGAGGUUGAGCGGUGGUGUAAGGAGAGGGGUGUUUAGAUUGGUAUCGAAACGGCUAUGCUUAUGCGUCUGUGUUCUUUGAUGCAAGUACUUUCUAUUAGCUAUGAGCUGUCGUUAUUAUGCGUAUAGACAUUAUGGUCUAGAUCAAAAAUUUUCACAGGCAAGAUGCAGAUUUCCAGUUAUAUGUCCUCCAGGGUUAGAUAUCAUCAAGUAAAGAUCUCAAUCCCCCGAGCCCUUCCGUAAGCAACCGCAUCAGAAGAAACCCCUUCACAACCCUUGACAUACAAACGAUCGAUCCUCGUCCUCUUCUCAUCACCAGUCAUACGAGCAUCCGCGAG